AUGCUCCAUCAUCGCGACCCGAUAGGCUCCAGCAAUAUGGGAGGGAAUUCCAAAAUAAAGUCAAGUCAAGUACCAGUCCAAGCGUCCGAUGAGAUUUCUGCAGUGGACCCUGGCGGAGCUGCACGAUUCAUCUUGCAGUUCUCGACAUCGACAUCGACGUCGCCAGAUCCUCUGCCGGUUCCAUACAGCCUCUACUCCUUCGACUAG